CUUGUUUUAUUACCAAAACUGUGGCAAGAUCUCUGUGACAUUUUGAAUGGAGCUUCCAGCUGCUAAUGACAAUGUUAAAUUGUCUGCAUACAGACCUAACCUUCCACUGUCAGUACUUAAUGGUAAAGCACCCUCUGAGGGGUUUGAUGAGUCUGAUUAUUAUCAGUGUUACGGUGAUGGCAGCAGCGUAACAUCCCAUGCAUCUGGUGCUCUGACUGGCUACGAGACUCUAGAUGCCCCGCCACACUACGAUUUCUACGCAAACACUCAAGUGUGGGGUCGGCGAAGACGCUUCAGGCCAUCUCUAUACCAACUGCAUGGCAAUCCUGAGGAUGACUCCAAACCUCCCAUGUAUGAGGAGAUGGAGGGAGAUACGUCUGAGGAAGACGAGGAGGAGCAAAAAGAGCCGCCACCUGAACCUACUCGCUUUGGCUGGGUACAGGGGGUGAUGAUUCGCUGCAUGUUAAACAUCUGGGGGGUGAUCUUGUACCUGAGGCUGUCUUGGAUCACAGCUCAGGCUGGCAUUGGGCUGACCUGGCUUAUCAUUUUGAUAUCAUCUACUAUCACUGGGAUCACUGGUCUCUCAACCUCAGCCAUAGCCACCAAUGGAAAAGUCAAAGGAGGUGGUACAUACUUCCUGAUAAGUCGCAGCCUCGGCCCAGAGCUAGGUGGUUCUAUUGGUUUGAUCUUUGCCUUUGCCAAUGCUGUAGCUGUGGCAAUGCACACUGUUGGCUUUGCUGAGACAGUCACAGACCUCAUGCGGGAACAUGGAGCUGUCAUGGUGGACAGAACCAAUGACAUCCGUAUCAUUGGGAUCCUCACCAUAACAUGUCUGCUGGCAAUUUCGAUGGCUGGCAUGGAGUGGGAAUCAAAGGCCCAGAUUUUGUUUUUCUUUGUCAUCAUGGUGUCAUUUGUCAGUUACAUUGUUGGAACCAUUAUACCUGCUUCAGUGGAGAAACAAGCCAAAGGAUUCUUUAGCUACCGAGCUGCCAUUUUUGCUGCCAAUUUUGUACCCGACUGGCGGGGCCCAGAAGGCAGUUUUUUUGGCAUGUUCUCUAUUUUCUUCCCAUCUGCUACGGGUAUCCUGGCUGGAGCAAACAUCUCUGGAGAUCUAAAAAAUCCAACAAUAGCUAUUCCUCGAGGGACACUAAUGGCGAUAUUCUGGACUACCUUUUCCUACCUCAUCAUCUCUGCCACCGUCGCAUCCUGUGUGAUUAGGGAUGCCUCCGGCUCAAUUAACGACACAUUAUCAGCAGCUGAGUCCUGCGAUGGUGUAUCAUGUCAGUAUGGAUGGGACUUCUCAGAGUGUAUUAACAAUAAAACCUGCACGUUUGGCAUCAGCAACUACUAUCAGACACUAAGCAUGGUGUCAGCCUUCGCCCCUCUGAUCACUGCUGGUAUAUUUGGAGCAACUCUGUCCUCAGCUUUGGCAUGCCUGGUAUCUGCUCCCAAAGUCUUUCAGUGUCUCUGUAAGGACCAUCUUUACCCUCUCAUUGGCUUCUUUGGCAAAGGUUAUGGUAAAAACCAUGAACCUCUCAGAGCCUACCUACUGACAUACAUCAUAGCCUCCUGUUUUAUUAUUAUUGCCGAGUUGAACGCCAUCGCUCCGAUUAUCUCCAAUUUCUACCUCUGCUCCUACGCUUUGAUCAAUUUCAGCUGCUUCCAUGCUUCGAUCACCAAUUCACCAGGUUGGCGUCCGUCCUUCAGAUUCUACAGUAAGUGGCUGUCGCUGAUGUGUUCUGUGGUCUGUGUGGUGAUCAUGUUCCUGCUGACCUGGUGGGCGGCUCUUAUUGCAAUUGGUGUUGUCAUAUUCUUCUUGGGAUAUACACUGUACAAAAAGCCAGAUGUGAACUGGGGCUCAUCGGUGCAAGCAAGCUCUUACAAUAUGGCUUUGAAUCAUUGUGUGGGCCUAAACCUUGUGGAGGACCAUGUCAAAAACUACAGACCCCAGUGUUUGGUGCUCACAGGUCCUCCCAGCAGUCGUCCAGCUCUCGUGGAUCUUGUCAACUGUUUCACAAAGAACCUCAGUCUGAUGAUGUGUGGAAAUGUGGUCACUGAUGGUUCUUCCCCAUCCGUUUUAGAGACGGCAAGCAGCAACAGUCAUGUCUCCUGGUUGAACCAAAGGAAGAUACGGUCAUUUUACAGGGGAGUUGUGGCUUCAGACCUACGUUGUGGAGUUAACAUGCUACUUCAGGGGGCAGGAUUGGGUCGAAUCAAGCCAAACGUUAUGCUGAUGGGUUUUAAGAAAGACUGGCGCUCUGACUCAUGUCUGGCUGCAAACAACUACACAGAAAUCCUACAUGAUGCCUUCGACCUGCAAUAUGGAGUGUGUGUGCUGAGGAUGAGAGAAGGCCUGGAAGUCUCCAAUCCAUCUCAGUCACACGUUAAUCAAGGUUUUGAUGGGGGCCCGGACAGUAUCAACACCAUCUCUCCUAUUUCCCUUAUUCAAACAAGCGCACGCUCUUCUGUCACUGUUGAGCUUGAGCCACAACCCACCACCGCGUUCCAGAAAAAACAAGGGAAGAAGACCAUUGAUGUUUACUGGCUGUCUGAUGACGGAGGUCUGACACUGCUGCUACCAUACCUGCUCACCCGCAGGAAGCGCUGGGCAAGGUGUAAAGUCCGAGUGUUUGUUGGGGGAGAAACAGACAAAAAGGAGGAGCAGAAAGAGGAGGUUUUGUCUCUCAUCAAGAGGUUUCGUCUUGGUUUCCAAGAUGUUGAAGUGCUCACUGACAUCUACCAAAAUCCUCAGCCUGUGAAUGUCCAUCAUUUCGAGAGCCUAAUCCGUCGCUUUAAGCAGGACCCAAACCCCAAACAGGACUCGGACUCUCAUCCUGCAGUACAACAGGAAGCACCCUGGAUGAUCACUCACCAAGAUUUAGAGAGGAACAUGGCUAAGUCCCUCCGUCAGAUCCGUCUGAAUGAGGUGCUGCAGGAUUACUCCAGAGAUGCAGCUCUGAUUGUGAUCACCAUGCCAGUGGGGAGGAGAGGAGUGUGUCCCAGUUCUCUGUACUUGGCAUGGCUUGAUGUCUUGUCCCGCGAUCUUAGACCUCCGGUACUGAUGGUCAGAGGAAACCAGGAGAGCGUUCUUACUUUCUACUGCCAAUAAAACGUUUCAGUUAUUAAAUUGUUUCAACAAUGAAAUUAUGAACCACUGCAGGGCCUUAAAAUCUUAAAAACAUUGGAUCUUUAAAAAUAAUGUCUUUCCAAUUGUCAACAUCACAAUAAUGAAGAUAUUGGUGAAAUAUCACAAAAAAAUGUAUCUCAUAUAUUGUUAAAGAGAAUUAUAUUAUUUGUUUCCUUUUUAUUAUUUUUAAUACAACAAAUUAAUUAAAUAUUAAAAUGAAUGAGAUUUAGAAUAAAAAGGCGUGGCAUAUGGCAAUCUACUCUCUGCUCUACUUUUUAACAUCCUUUUGAGUUAUUCUAAAUUAGUUUGGUAGAAAUACUAAUGAUUUGCUUUCCAAACUUAAUUGUGUAAUGAAUUUAAACAUAGUAAUAUAAUAAUUCUAUAAAAUGACAUUCUAAAUUAAGGUCCUUUUCUACCUUAAUGCUUAAGUUAAUGUGCCUUACCUUUGUAACUUUUUUCACUGCAUCAGCCAAAAAUUGACACUAUAUAUUAUAUUUUCUAUUACAAAGCCGUGCAUGAUUGUGACGUAGAAGGAAAAUGAUACAAGUUUUUUUUUUUUUUACUAUUUUUACAAAGAAUCUGAGAGAAAAGAAACGUAUCUGAAAAGUGUGGAGUGCAUUUGUAUCCAGCCCCCAUUUAAUCCAAAUCAGAAUCCACUACAAAUCUACAAGAAGGAACAGAGCAGACUGUACUUCUUGAGGAAGCUUAGGUCCUUUGGUGUUUGCAGCAAGAUGCUUCAUAUCUUCUAUAAGUCUGUUGUGGAAAGUGUGAUCUCUUCUACCAUCAUCU